AUGUUUAAUUGGUUAUUCUUUAUUGCUUAUGUAAGAAAAAUGUUUAAGUUUGAUUUUCUCCCAGAUGAUGAGAGUAAUAAUGAAUCAGAAACACAGUUAAAUAAAACCACAGUGGUUCAAGCAGUGCCAGCAAUGUUCUUAAAAAGUAAAGAAAUAUUACCAAAGAAUUCACAACUUGUUUUACAAUCUGUAUUGAAGGAAGCUAAAAUAAAAGUUAUUCAGUCUAAUCAUGUAGAAAUAAAAUAUUUUUGCCCAAAUGAUGUAAUAGAUUUUCUGAAAUCUCAAGAUUUAGAUGAAGAGUCUAUACUUAAAGCAGAACAGAAUCAUUCUGAUCUCUUGCCUGCUAUUUAUGAAGGGGGACUUAAGGUUUGGGAAUGUACUUAUGAUUUACUGAAUUAUUUUAAAGAAACGCCAAACGAUUUUAAAGACAAGUUUGUGUUGGAUUUAGGAUGUGGUGCUGGUAUUUUAGGAAUCUACUUAUUAAUAAAUGGGGCUACUUGUUGGUUCCAAGAUUAUAAUGAAGAUGUUAUUAAUCAUAUUACAAUACCUAACGUUAUGCUCAAUUCUGAAAAUUUUAUAGCUAGAUCCAAUUUUUUCUCAGGUGACUGGAGUUCUUUUGUAGAUUUAGCUGAAAAAAAAUAUUCCAAUUUCAAAUUUGAUUAUAUUAUUACAUCAGAAACAAUAUACAAUACAAAUUAUUACACAAAACUGCAUUUAGUAUUCGAAAAAUUGUUGAAGAGUGAUGGUGCUGUAUUAUUAGCUGCUAAAUCAUUUUAUUUUGGUGUAGGAGGAGGUGUUCACUUAUUUAAGGAUUUUAUUGAUAGUAAAAAGAUAUUUCAAUACAAAAAUUGUUGGAAAAGUACAGAAGGAGUCAGAAGGGAAAUAUUGAAAUUAUAUUUUUUAUAA